AUGUCCAUUUUACUGCAGUUUGUAUUUGGGCUAGCAUGCCUGGCUGCACUGAAUACUGCACUAGUUACCUGUUAUAAUGUGCGACCAGAAAUUGUUAAAGCUGCUGAAGCUAGUCUUCAAUUCAUGGAAUGUUGCGAAAAAGCGAUUGGUUCUCAUUUCUGCACUCAAUCAUUAUGUAAUUUUGACAAAAUUAAGCCUUAUCAGGUCUUAAUGGAUUCAUUUAUUUGUAAAAAGAAAGUACGUCCAAUAUGGGAUUGCGCUUCACAAAAAAAAGAUCACACUUCUUGCUGUUCAAAUCGGAAUGUUGAACCGUCAUGCCUUUCACUGUGUAAUGGAACCAAAAAAGUUGACUGGAGAACAACGAAGCCAAUAUCAUGUCUCCAGUAUUUCAAAGAAAUAGUUGAGUGUUUUGUAGAAGAUCGUUUUACUUAA